AUGCAUUAUCGGGUAAUUAAAAUAGCAGGUUUUACUAUACCAGAUUUAAAGAAUGGAAAAAUGGUGAAUCGUGCGCGCGGUUUGGUGGUGCGCAUCUUUGAUGCCAUCUGCAACUGUGCCAACACGGCUGCUGGACCGGCGCAACGCAUCAAGUUGCGAGCUAAGCGUGCAGCAUCAGCAGCGACAGCACCAGCUACAGAAAAUGGCACAGAUGGUAAGAAGGACGCAAACGUCAAGGAGAAAAAGAGCGACAAGAAGCAAAAAGAUGGUGACAUCGCUGCUGCUAAGGCAACUAAAGAAGAAAUUAACGGAGAGAAAGGUAUUGAAAGCGUUAAUACACCUGUCGAGGAUGGGAAGAAGGAAGCUGAUGCAGUUGAGAAACAGGAAACGGAAGCAGAUAAGCAUUAAUUGUAUGCAUGAAUGUGACAAAAUACUACAUACAUAUGCGUGUGAGUAAUAAGAAAACAUUGCCAAUAAUAUAAUUUCCAUUGCUUUAAGGAGUCUCCAAAAUAAGGCAAGUGGAUGGAGAAGUCGAAAUUUUCGGGCAGGGAACGUAUGUAUGUAAAUGAGGAGUUGCAAGUUUUGCAUUGUUAAACAUAAUUUGAUAUAAUUAAACUUAGGGCAACUUGGUCAAUUUAAAAGCAUUUAUACAGGAAAAUUUUGCAUAUAAUAUAGUACAUACAUAUGUACCUAUGUAUUUACCAGGGAUGGAAAAGUAUGCACAAUCGUGCUAUUUUCUCUCUUUUUAAUGCCACCCGGCCCUUUGCGUACUUAGAUUAAAAAAUAUGGUUAUGCUAAUAAAAUUUAAAUUUUUUCGGCUUUCCAACGUAUGUACAAUAUUAGACUGCCUCGCUCCCCAUACAAAAAACAAUCGGUAUUGUGGUUCCUUUGGAAUUAUAAUAUCUAUUAAAUUUUAAGACUUGCACCAAAAUAUUUCGAAAAAAUAAUAAGAUUUACGUGAGCUGAACCGAUUU